AUGAAGUCUGCACCUUUGUUCGUGCUGACGCUGUCACUGUACAGCGUCACAUUAAGUUCGGCCGCUACCUGUGAGCAGGGCACAAACUGUAACCUGCCGAACUGUUACUGUAGCGAUGCUGGCAUUCCGCUCGAUAUGAACCCCAAUGAGGUGCCACAGAUGGUGUUGGUUGCAUUAGAUGGCAACCUGGACAAUCAAAGGGAUGAGCACUACAACCAGUUGUUACCCACAUCAUUACGGAACCCGAACGGCUGUCGAAUUGGGGCAACCAUGUUCGUUCCUGGACAAAGCACUGAAGUGGAUCUUGUGAAAAAAUGGCACAAGCGUGGCAUAGAGAUCGGCCUGAACAGCCAACUGGGAACGCCAAAAUACAACUACUGGACCUCCAUCAACAGAACCAGCAUGAAGACAGAGGUAUUGAAACCGCUACAAAAAUUCAUGAAAGAUGCUAAGAUUCUUCGUCAGGAUAUCCGUGGUUACCGAAAUCCGGCAUUUUUCGCCGCCGGCAAUGUGCAGUAUCAGGUCUUGGAGUACGAAGACUUCGAGUACGACGCUUCUUUGAGAAUGAGCAGGAGAUCAAUCUUUGAAACUAAUUCGUGGCCUUCUACCUUGGAUUUCACUUGGCCACACCGAUGUGUGAUGGGCAAAUGCCCAACCAAUACGUACACCGGCCUCUGGGUUAUACCCAGUGUUACUUUGUUCAAUGGGACACAGGCCGGUCACAAGUCAACAAGUGUUUAUUCUUAUUCCACAGAAUUCCCCGCCACUACAGAAAAAGAAAUGUCCGAUUUCCUGUGGCAUAAUUUUAAUGCCUUUUACGUCAAUGACCGUACGCCGUUUGUUUUGAACAUAAACUCGGUGGGAUUUCUGAGUCCUGGAGGUGACGCGAAACUGAAAGGCUUCCAGAAAUUCUUCAGGGAAGCUUUGUCAAAGCCUGGCGUGUUUUUCGUGUCCAUGCACCAGGCAAUAGAAUGGAUGAGAAAGCCAACUCCGCUGAGUAAGAUCGGCUCUUUCCUACCGUGGAGCUGUGCAGAGAGCAAGGGAGGAGAACUUAAGACACUGGAAAAGGAAGGCGAUCCCAUCAGCAUAACGCAACUUAAAAGGAAGAGUAAAUCCACCGUCUUGUUUGGCAAGGCUGACUCUGACAGAAUACAAGUACCUUGUGUCUUACUACUUACAUUGUCUUUAUUACAAAUGCUAUUUACCUGGUGA